AUGGCGGUCAACACGGCGCCAGCCGAUGUGUUGCAGUACAUCGCCAACGGCGGCUUUUCGGGGCUGUACAAGGCGCUGUUCGAGAUGCAGCCUGAUGAGGUCAUCAAAGAGGUCAUAGACUCCGGGCUGCGCGGCAGAGGCGGCGCGGCAUUCCCCACAGGCGUGAAGUGGAGCUUCAUGACCCGCUCAGAGCCGCCGAAGUACAUCCUGUGCAACUGCGAAGAAGGCGACCCCGGCGCGUACAAUGACAAGGGCAUCCUGGAGAGCGACCCAUACACACUGUUGGAAGGGAUGUGCAUCGCAGGAUACGCGACUGGCGCGACGAAUGGCUUCGUGUUCAUACGCCACGGGCACGAGGGGCCAAUCAGUCGCACUGAGCGGGCUAUCCAGCAGGCAUACGAGCACGGUCUGCUGGGCAACAACAUCCUGGAUUCCGACUUCACCUUCGACAUUGAAGUUGCUCUGACCGGCGAAUCUUAUGUGGCGGGCGAAGAGACGGCGCUGAUGGAAGCCAUCGAAGGGCGCCGUUCGCAGCCGCGCUUCCGACCUCCGUUCCCCGCGGCAUUUGGCGUCUGGGGCAAGCCGAGCACGAUAAACAAUGUGAAGAGCCUGUCUUACGCGCCUGAAAUCAUCUCCAAUGGCGCAAGUUGGUUUUCAUCCAUUGGAGUCAACCGCAGCACCGGUACUGCAAUCGUCUGCCUGAACGGGAAAGUGAACUAUCCCGGAUUGUAUGAAGUGCCGAUGGGUCUGACUCUGGGGCAGAUCAUCAAUGACAUUGGCGGCGGCGUGCCGAACGGCAAGAAGCUGAAGAUGCUCCAAACGGGUGGGCCUCUAGGUGGAGUGCUGGGCGCGGACAGCUUGGGCGUACACAUCGACUUCGAUGAGAUGCGCGAGGCCGGCGCGAUUUUCGGCUCAGGCGGAAUCAUCGUCAUCGACGAGGACACCUGCGCGGUGGACAUCACGCGCAAUCUGGUGGCGUUCACGCAGUAUGAGUCGUGCGGGAAGUGCUUCCCCUGCAGGCUCGGCAUGGAGCACCUGCUUGAGGUGGUUGACCGCAUAGUGCGGUUCGAGAGCCGUCUCGAAGACCUCGACCUGUUGCGGAACAUUGGCAGGACGAUGGAGUCGAGUUCGCUAUGCGGGCACGGGCAGUUGGGCUUUGGGCCUAUACGCUCGGCAUUGCAGCACUUCGAGUCUGACUUCGUAUCGCAUAUCGAGCAAAAGCGCUGCCCGACGGGGAGUUGCCUGCGACCUGCGAUAGCGCCGAAGAAUACCCGACCCUACGCGAUGGACGCGCUUCGCGGGUCAGCACAGCCCGCCCAAGCCCGCUGA